AUGACGGCCACCGCCAGCUGCUGCUCCAGCCCCAUCGCGUGGGUGCGGCCUUGCGCCGCCCCCGCAAGCGCGAGCGCGCCCACGCGGGUGGGCCGGUGUCCCGCGGUCGCGGUCGCGGUGGCGGCGCCCGACGUGGCGUUCCACCCGGACGUGUCCAGCGCUGCGGAGUUUUUCUCCUCUCUGAUGAAUCAACUAAUUGACCACUGUUCCACUGAUGCCCAGUUUUUCUCCGGUACCCACGCCAUUGCCUGUGCGCUGUUUGCGCUUCUGAGGCCUGGGCAUGAGCUCCUGGCAGUCGCUGGGCCUCCGUACGACACCUUAGAGGAGGUGAUUGGGAUCAGGGGGUCGGCCAAUGUAGGGCCACUCAAGGAUUUCGGAGUGGCGUACCGAGAAGUUCCGCUUGCAGCAGAUGGUGGCCUUGAUUGGGAUGCUCUUGCUUGCUCCAUCAGGCCGGAAACUGGAUGUGCCUUCAUACAGAGAUCUUGUGGAUAUUCGUGGCGCAAGAGCUUAAGCGUAGCAGAUAUUCACAGAGCUAUAGAUUUGAUCAAGGCAAGAUUGUUGUGUUUUAUGCAAAAUCCAAACUGCAUGGUGAUGGUUGACAAUUGCUAUGGUGAAUUUGUUGAGACAUCAGAACCUGCAAUGGGAGCAGAUUUGAUUGCUGGCAGUUUGAUAAAGAAUCCAGGUGGAACUAUUGCACCUUGUGGUGGUUAUGUUGCUGGGAAGAAACAUUUAGUGGAAGCAGCUGCAGCUCGUUUAUCUGCACCUGGCCUUGGGGUGGAAUUUGGGUCAACACCUGGCCAUGUUAUGCGGUCAUUGUUUCAAGGCUUGUUUCUUGCUCCACAAACGGUUGGAGAAGCAGUAAAAGGAGGUUUGCUAAUUGCAGAAGUCAUGUCAGCCAAGGGGUACAGAGUUCAACCACUUCCGAGGGUUCCUCGCCAUGACAUUGUGCAGGCAGUGGAGCUUGGUAGCAGGGAAAGACUCAUAGCAUUCUGUGAAGUAGUGCAACAAACUUGUCCAGUAGGAUCUUUCAUCAAACCAACUGCUGGGGAAACCCCUGGCUAUGCUUCAGAGGUCAUUUUCGCCGACGGGACAUUCAUAGAUGGAAGCACAAGUGAACUAUCAUGUGAUGGGCCGUUGAGAGAUCCACAUGCCGUCUUCUGCCAGGUCUACGAGCGAAUCCCUUGUCGCUCCUGA